ACGUAAUCAUUUCUUACUCACAUGCUGAUUCGAUAAGUCAGCUCAGUCAUAGCUGCGACGUAACACAGCUUAAAUAAUAUAGCACAAAAAAACUCAAUCUAUCAAGUGCACCUAAUUGUAAAAAGUGGCAAGUGGAUGAGUGUCAACAAAGUUUAAAGCUUACAGUAAUUGGCUAACAACUCAAGAAAAGUAUCUAAUUAAAUCCUCUCCCUUGCACGAUCAGCAAAACAUUUUAAUAUAUGCUUUCGACUAAAUGAAAGUGUCAUAAAUAAAAAAAGGGAUUUUAAUGUUCUGUGUAAACGUAAAAUAUUCAACAUCCUAAGAGCCAAACACCAAACUCUGUUUAAUUGCUUCAUUUUUCACUUUCAUACAACCUACGAUCAGUUGGCAUAUAAAAGGGACUGUAACCGUGACUGUGAAUAAUAAGUGAUCAUGAAAGCCGUUGGAACGGUUGCAAGACUACCUUAAGGCUUCCAAAAUUUGUACACUCAGUAAAAUCCGUCAAACUAACAUUAUGAAAUUUUUGUAUUUUUUGCUUCUACAAAGAUGAGUCAUUCGACGUUUUAAGAACGCUAAUUGCCUGUACUAAUUAAGAAAACAUAGCGCCACGUCGCUUAAGGCAAACUGUAUUAAGAUGUAAGGCACGUUUUACAAGUGUUGUGAUACAGUUGGGCCAUUGGCUUGUCAGAAAUAAGUUCAGAGAAGAAAAGUCCUGCAUAUAGAGUGCGCUGGAAUACUUUAAAUAACAACUGAAUGUGACAGCAGCUUGCAGUAAGCGAAAACGACAACAAAAUGAUUGAAGUGGAUAAAAUGCUGGAAAAAUGUGGCGACUUUGGUCGACUGCAGUGGAUCAUGCUGUUACUGUUCAGCCUCCUAAAUGUACUUUCGGCCUUGCAUUACUAUUCCCAGACGAUCAUCAGCUUUGUGCCCAAGUAUUGGUGUGCAGAUGGCUUGGACCCGUUAGCGCCGGUACCAAACGUAUCCAGCUGCAGCCCGCUGGACAUCAAUGCGAACCACUCAGCUAUCUGCCACAGCUAUCGUUAUGAGCCCUAUAUGGGCUAUCAAAGUUUCAGCAACGAAAUGCACUGGAUCUGCCGGAAGGCCUGGAUGCUCAGCCUGGGCCAGUCCAUGUUCUUUGUGGGCUCCGUGAUUGGCACCUUAGUUCUGGGCUUCCUUGCGGACAUCAUGGGUCGCGUGCCCAUGCUAGUUCUGUCCAAUAUCCUUGGCAUGAUGGGGAACGUGUUGACAAUUUUCAGCAAGAACCUGACGCUCUUCUGCAUAUUCCGUCUGAUUGCUGGCUUGGCCACCGACGCAAACUUUCUGAUGAUGUACAUUUUAGUUAUGGAAUACAUGCGACCAUCUUUGCGCACUGUGGGCCUGACCAUCUGCAUCGGCGUCUUCUACUGCUUGGGCUCCAUGGGCGUGCCCUGGAUUGCAGUGUUUAUGGGCAAUUGGCGUGGCUUCCUACUUGCCAUCUCGCUGCCGUGCUGCUUGGUGCCGUUCUUCUAUUUCAUUGUGCCGGAGAGCGUCCAGUGGCUGAUCUCGAAGCACAAAUAUGACAAGGCCGUGGCCUGUUUGAAACGAGUUGCCAAAAUCAAUCGCCGUCAAAUCGACGAUAGUGCCUAUGCACAGUUCAUCGAGGAUUGCAAAGUAAGUCAGAAAAAUAUGCAGACAUCGAAGCCGAAUAUUUUGGGACUCUUCAAAACGCCACGACUACGCCGCAACACGCUGAUACUCUUCUUCAAAUCCAUGGUCAUUACCCUGUGCUACGACGCCGUAUCUCGCAACGUUCAAGGCCUUGGCAUUUCGCCAUUUAUGAUGUUCACACUGAGCGCUUCCUCAAUUCUGCCCGCCUGCCUGAUGAUCAUUGCGCUGCAAGAUCGCAUCGGACGCAAGGCAAUGACUUCCAUAUCGCUGCUCCUCAGUGGCAUUUUCAUUUCGGUGUCGGGCUUUAUUCUCUAUACCGGUUCUACCGCCAACAAUCAAACGACCACUGUGCUGGUGACGCUAUCAAUGAUUGGACGCUUUGGAGUCACGAUGGCCUAUAAUUCGGGCGCCCAGUAUGCCACGGAGCUGAUUCCCACCUGUGUGCGAGGCCAAGGCGUGGGCGCAGUGCAUGUCAUGGGCUAUGCGUUCACAUUCUUCAGUGUGUACAUAUUGGACACGCGUAGAGUUUUCUCGCCGCUGCCGGAAAUCAUUCUGGGCGUAAUCUCGUUGGUGGGCGCUUGCCUGACCCUAUUGCUGCCGGAGACUCUAAAUCGCACGCUGCCCAUCAGCCUGGAGGACGGUGAGCAGUUCGGCAUCAGCGACCACUGGUACACAUUCAGCUGCUUGAAGAAACGCACGCAGUCGGUGGCAGCACUUGCGCCGCAACGAGGCAUGUCGUUGUCCAAGUCCACUGAUUCGUCAGACUACUUUUAGGCCAGAGCACGAUAUCUACGCGUAUGUUAGGCAUAAGCAUACUUUUAGGCCGACAUUUAUUGUGGUGAAUUUAGUAUUUUAAGUGCAAGUUGGUGCGCAGCGACUUAGGUUAGAACAACGAAAGCCUUUCCCACAAAAUGUGGCACUGUUCAUUCACAAUCGCAAGCCUCUUGCUUGGGAUUGGGAUUGAAUGGAUGGGUGAAGGGCACUAUUGAGCCAAGUCAGUGAUAUGUAUUGGCUUUGUAAUUAAUUCGAUCAUUUCAAUUUUCUUUUUCCAUCUUGUCUUAUUUUAUAUCUUAUAUCUUCUGAUAUAUAUCAGUAUAUAUAUAUGUGUAUAUAUCAGUUUAUAUAUCAGUAUAUAAGGUCAUGCAGCAGGCUCAUCUGUCAGUAAGAAUAUAAUCGAUUGAUAGCAAUUAAGACUUACACACUCCAGU